AUGUCCAUCACAAACAGCUUUCCUACCCCGGCUGCUCCCAAGGAAGUCGACGUCAUUGUGGUGGGAGCGGGGCUCAGCGGGCUGCGCGCAGCCUUGGAUGUUCAAGCAGCUGGGCUGUCCUGUAUUGUCGUUGAAGCCGUUGAUCGCGUUGGUGGAAAGACGCUAUCCGUACCCUCGAAGCUCAGCGGUCCCGGUGUCAACGAUAUUGGUGCAGCGUGGAUCAAUGAUACGUCGCAAAGUGAGAUGUACGGCUUGCUUCGGAAGUACGGUCUCCAUGGUGAGAUCCAGAGGGCUGAGGGAAUGAGUCUGUCGCUGACUGCGGAGGGGGUCAUUACGCACCCCUAUGGUACCUUGCCAUUAGACGAACACGAUCAAGUGCUGGUGGCGUCAGUCCUCCAAACUAUCCAAGGCCUGGUAGACCAGAUUGACUUGAAAAAUCCGGCUGCUGGUUCGAUCGGGAAAGAGCUGGACAGUAUGACCGCAAGCGAAUACUGCAGCAAAACGUUCCAGUCUGAUCUAGUGGUUGGCAUCGUGGACACGGUCACUCAAUCUUUGCUCGGAGUUGAAGCGGCUUCGAUCAGCAUGCUGAGCCUUGUGCACUACAUCAAGGCAGCCACCGGGGUCGAUGCGGCCUUGUCUGACGGCAAGGAUGGAGGGCAGUAUCUCCGGGUUCGAGAGGGAACGCAGAGUUUCUCGCGAAAGAUGGCGGAGGCACUUGAACCAGGUACUCUGUUCCUCUCAACGCCAGUGACAUCUAUCGAGCAAUCCUCACAGACGUGUAUCUGCACGGUCCGCACAUCGUCUCCCACGAACAGUACCUUCCACGCCAAGAAGGUCAUCCUCUCGAUACCAACUCCACUGUACCACAAGAUCUCCUUCGAUCCUCCCCUGCCAGAAGACAAGACGCGCCUCGCAAGCGACAACAUACUCGGGUACUACAGUAAAAUGAUAUACGUAUUCGACCAGCCCUGGUGGCGCACAGCCGGCCUUUCCGGCGUCAUGGAGACCGAUCUAGGACCAAUUCUCUUCUCACGCGACACUAGCAUCCCCGACGACGACCAAUGGUCCAUCACCUGUUUUAUCGUCGGCAAGCGUGGCCGCGAAUGGUCGCUGCUGUCCUCAUCCGAGCGACGCAGAACGGCGUGGGAUCAGUUUCGCACUACUUUUGAGAGUGCUUCAGGGCUGUCAGGAAAACUCGAUGUUCCUGAACCUAUUAACGUUCUGGAGAUCGAGUGGACCAAGCAGGAGUUCUUUGGCGGCGCUCCCUGUCCUGUUUCGCCGCCGGGCUUGCUCUCCUCGGUGGAUGCCUCGGCUGCUCAGUGUCCGUUCAAGGAUGUCCAUUUCGUGGGAACGGAGACCGCGUUUGUGUGGAGGGGGUAUAUGGAGGGGGCGGUGCGUUCGGGGAUUAGGGGUGCAAAGGAGGUUAUUGAUCUUUUGAAGGGGUAG